AUGCGAUCGCAACUGCGACUGGAACUGUGCCUUUUAGCUUUUCUGGUGCGUGCUGUGGUGACGAGGGCAGCGUUGCGGCAGUUCAAUUUCACCCUACACAGCGCACUCCGAUCACCAGAUGGACAUGAGCGCGAGGUGUUUCUCAUCAAUGGCCAGCAGCCGGGGCCUGCGAUUGACGUGGAUGAGGGGGACACAAUUGAAGUAUUUGUGCAGAACGACUUGAAGGUAGACACUGCUCUGCACUGGCACGGCUUAAUGCAGCGGGGGACGCCCAAGAUGGACGGCGUUCCAGGAGUGACUCAGGAACCAAUUCCUCCGGGCGGCAACUUUACAUACCGCUUCUCUACGACAUCCGAAUACGGCUUCUACUGGUAUCACUCCCACUUUCGCGCAUACUACAACGAUGCAAUCCGGGGAACCCUUCUUAUCCGGCCUGCGGCCUCGCGCUCGCGCCCAUUUUUGAAAGCUGCCAGAGACGACCGCGAGAGGGCGGCCCUCCUGGAAGCCGAGCGCGAGGCAACAAGCGUUAUGCUCAACGACUGGACGCACGAGCCUUCGGAUGUGGUUUUCGAGCGGUACCAAAAGACCGGGGCGUUUCCGUCUUGUGUUGACAGCAUCCUCGCCAAUGGCCAGGGGCGAGUCGAGUGUCUCCCGCAAAGCGUGCUUGAAGAAAACUGGAUGGUCCCGGUGGUCGAUUCGAAACAUGACCACGAUGCCACUCAUCAUGAAUUGGGGGUCCUUUCACAACAUAGGAGACUGACCCGUGGAACGUUCAGACGUCUUCUGACGAAAAGGAAACCACACCAACACGCGGGGGAGCACGCCACGGCAGCUUCUCCGAAUCGCUCUGCGGUGUCAACGUCAUUGUUCCCGUCGAUGAACAAGCCAAGUCCCCGAGGCUGCAUGCCGCCAAUGAUGUUCAACUCCGGCUUCGACAUGUCUUCGCUGCCGGCUGAGACUUGCAAAAAUACGUUCUCGCCGCUGCUCACGAUCCCGGCAAACGCCACACGGGGCUGGCUAGCUCUCAAUCUGGUCAACGCAGGUGCCGUCAGCGCUCUACGAGUCUCUCUGGACGCGCACUCUAUGCUUGUCUACGCGGCCGAUGGACUCUAUGUACAGCCGCAAACAGUCAAGGUGCUCCACAUGGAGCUCGGGCAGCGAUAUUCAGUCAUGAUCAAGCUGGACCAAGGAUCGGGGAGCUACAGUCUACGAUAUGCGACAUACCCGAGCGGAGACAUGCAGCAGGUCCUUCAGGGCCGUUCUGUUGUAGUGUACGACAACUCAACUCCCGGUGCCGCAAAUGUUCACGCGGCGACUUGGAUGCGCAUCAAUGGAUCGGCUAUUGAUGGGGCCUCGGUUCUUGACGCCCCCGACCUCAACCCCUUCGAGACCGGGAUCGCUCCGCCGCCAGGACCCGCGGACAUGACACUCUCAUUUCAAGCCAACCAGACGGGCACAACUACCUGGGCACUCAACGGUGAACCGUUUGAAAAGCCCAACGCGGCGAUUAUCGAAGGCGAGCGCUCGUCGGGUUGGACCGCCAACACGACGUAUCACUUACCGUCAAACGCCACCGUAGACAUCGUCGUCACUGUCUCGAACCGGUCGAUGGAUCAGAUGGGCCACCCCUUGCAUCUGCACGGGCACAAGUUUUGGGUACUUGGUAGCGGCGAAGGCUCAUUUCCGUACAAGUCGAUGAUGGAGGCAUCGCCAGACGUAAUCAAUCUCGUCGACCCGCCGUACCGCGAUACAACAGCUCUUCCACCUCAGGGAUGGGUCGCUCUGCGGUACAUAACGAACAACCCGGGCGCGUGGAUUUUCCACUGCCAUCUUCAAUGGCACGUCGUCAGCGGUAUGGCCGUGGUGCUCGUCGAAGGAGCCGGCGAUGCGCCUACGACGACGAGCGGGACACACGCAACCCCUGCAAAAGACACCACCGGAAAUAACAUGCUCGACUCCAUGUGGCGCCUCGUACUACUUGCCACCGGAUUCCUCACCAUGUGCUGGGCGAACUUCACGGCGGUAUUCACCAUGUUUCUGUGA